CCAUGCGUUGGGUAUUACAAUACAGAGUCCUGCAAUCGCCAUGGAAUACGCUCGGGGGGAGCUAUUCCCAUCCCUGUGGUACUACAUACAGAAGAUGACGCAUAGUAGCCUUACAGUAUAAUGGGCGAAGCUCUCAUCUUCCAGCAGAGUAUUUUAGGUCUAAUAUUUGUUCAAGAACCCUGUUUGGGAAGUAAUUUAAAUAAAAGAUGCGUCGAAAAGAUACAAGAGAGCGGGGGAUGUUACCUACGCCCGACACUUCGUACACAUUGAACAAAGAAUCUCACAGCCUGCUUCUGAUUCCUGUCUAGUUAUUGGUCCUUUUGUUUACCCAGCCAAAAGCUGCUUGUCCAAUGGCAACACCUUGUAGGUACGGCGGGAAUUUAUAGCGGCGCCUGUACUAGCUACAGGAGGGUUAAACACAAUGCGCGCGCUGAAUACAGACGAGGGAGGACCCCGCGAACCCCACCAACAUCCAGCCUAAAACUUUCGACACGCAUGUUGCCCUACAUCACGGCUCCGUUGGAUUUUUAAUCUUGCUUGGACACUCACUACAUGUACACUCGCUUUUCUAGCCAUUCCAACUUCUCUAAACCACGUCUAUAAUCCUAUAUUCCUCCCUAAGACACAAUGGAUAUUGACGAUAUCCUUCGCCAAGUCGAUCCAUCGGCAGGGGGCAUACCCCAAGAAACACGCGAUCUCCAGGACUUGACGCGUCGCUGGGUCGCUGAGCGCUCCGCGCCAGAGUUAUUAGAGUAAGGAAAAAUACGAUACAUGGUAGAUACAGCCAUCAUCGCCGUUACCAUGCGCUGACUGCAACCACAGAUGGUCUACGGAUGGUCUCUUUGAGCGCGUCAACGACAGAAUAAAGGCACAGAUCGAACGAGUGGAAGAAAUGACUGGCGACAUGGACCCAAAGACAAAUUUUGCCCUUAUAGUUAUACAAACAGAACUCGAACGUUUCAAGUUCCUUGUAAGGAGUUAUCUGCGCGCAAGAAUAGCAAAGGUUGACAAGCACACACUCUACUAUCUUUCUUCCGAAGCCCUCCGCUCGCGACUGUCGUCUACCGAGCUGGCAUACGCUACACGCCAUCAGGCCCUCGUCCACAACCACUACCUCACGUCCUUCUUGGCGUCCUUUCCCGAAAAGCUCCAGAACCUUAAUGAUACAGCCGGCAAUGUUAGCAUGAUCGACCAGCCUGAUCUCGAAACCGCUGUAUUCGUACGCAUGCUGAUAGACAAAGACGUAUAUGGCCGUGGAACGGAUGCCGACAACGUUGUUGCUGCAGAAAAUGGCGAUAUCUUGAUCAUGCGUUGGUCCAGUGCGAAGGAUAUGGUGGAUGCUGGAGACGCAGAGCUGGUUUAGAACACAUAUAAUGAGCCGGACCUAGGACGACGAGGAUACCGUGGCGAUGUCCUAUUCACGACGUUACGAUAAUAAUACAUAGAAAAGAGUAUACACAGAUCACUGUGUUACACCCUUCCACGAAAAUUUAUAAUAUAUAGAAUAUAUUAUGUCUGUUCAUAUCUCCAAAUCUAUACUUGCAAAGAAAGCAAAAGAAGAGCACAGUUUCUCCGUCAUCAGUAAUAUCACAGGUCUAUCGCUGGCACGUCGCCACUCUAAGCACGAAUCUCCCACAAGCGAAUCUUGCCUGUGUCGUUACCAACGGCCAACAGAUCACUUUCCCGAGAGAAUGCGACUGUUGUGAUUCUUCCGAGCGCAGUCUGUUCCGUAGGCCAGUUUCGGUAGACGGUGCAGGUAGGUAGAUGUACCAAUUUCAGUGCAUCCUUCUUCUCUCUGCUUCCAAAGGCAAAUAGCUGGCCAUCAGGUGAGAACGCCAUCACGGUAAUCGGUGUUACAAGCUGCUGAAAGAUGCGGCGAGGUGUCGGCUGCUCUACAAUGAGCUUUGGUUGGUGACCCUCUGCCUCAGCCUCCGCCUCAGCUUGCUUCUGUGGGAGUAAGAGUUCAAGACGAUCGUAAAUGUUGGCAAUGCCCGAGUUGGAUCCAACAGCAACCCAGCGGUCGUCUCCGAGUAAAGAUGGGCCUUGGUGACCGCCAAGAGCAAGAACAAUACCGCCGAUGCAGCCGUCAUCUUGCCAGACCCCGAGAAACGUGCGGCUUUCCAUGCUGUAUUCACCAACCGAGCCGUCCUUGCCCAAAAUAGUCAGACCAUCACCAGUGCUCCACCAUGCAAAGUCUGCAAUACCAUGACGGCUGGACAGUCGGGCGGAUGCAAUCCACUGCAUAGAUGCAACGCUGAUUAUGUUAAUUGCACCACCGCCCUUCCUUGAUGACGCAGCGAUGGCCAUGUAGCGCCCGCAAGGACUCAGCCUAAAGCGCUCCAUAGACUUGUGCUCGAGCUGAUGGCCUUGAAUCUGCGAUGUCUUUUGCACGAUACCAGACGGUAGAUCCCAUGUGUGAAAGUAUUUUCUGCGGCCACUGAACACAAUUUUGUCUCCCUUUGGGUAGAGAAAUUCAGCCUUGCGAAUAUCAACUUGCUUAACUUGUACAGAUGUGAGUCGAGGGUUCGGGGUCGGCUGUGCAUCGGGGGCAAUAUGAUGGAGAUAGAGGAUGGACGCGCUGCUCGCCGACAAGAGAACAGGGUAUUCGGGGUGGAAGGAAAGGCACUCGACAGGCGACUUGUGCUUGUCUGGGAUCUCACGAGUACGCUGGAUAUCGAUAACUUCCGGUCGCAGGCGGUGGUGUUUGACCUGGUCACGCCCAGUAAGGCGGUUAAUGUCGCGGAGGAACGCCGCCAUUGGCUGAGCCGUAACAUCGUCCUCGUCGUCCAUGUCGCUGGCCGAUGAAUCUGACGCUGAUUCUAUCGUUGAUCGGCGCCUCUUCACUGGUCUACCUUCUGCGUGCUUGGCCCAUGCCGGUGCUGGGUUGAGGCGGACAAAUUGCUGGCGCAAUCGCUUGCAGUACUCUGUGCCGCUGACAAAGUCCUCGUCUUCGGCGAUGCGCAGCUUUCUGAGCCGGGUGGCGCUAGCCAGAGAAACGGACAAGCGAUCAUCAUCACUGUCGAUCCAGGCAGGGGCGUUGGGGUCUUCUUUGGGCACUGUCGCGCUUCCUUUUUCACCUCCAGAGACUCCGGUGUCCAGCAUGAAGAGGUCAUUGUCGGCAACCUCUUCGAGGUCGCCAGUAUCCUCUUCGCCGCGGAGGAUCAGGUUGCCAUUUUCAUCGUAAGUCGCGCCAAAUCCCUCGUCAUUCCUUGCAAGCUGUGCGCGGAAUCCGCUUAUAUCUCCCAAGACGAGUUUUUCCAGCUCUUCCUCGUCCGAGUCUUUGUCGAGCAUGGCUGCCAGCUUCUUUUGCUGAGGCUCAUCGUAAUCGUUGUCGGAAUUAAAUGAUUCAACAGAGUCGCUAUCACUGAAUUCCCUUCCAGGAGCCUCGUUAUCUUGUUGUGGCGGCAUUGUGUUGUGAUGUGCAAUUAUGAAUGGUAGGC